ACGGCCGAUCACGACUUGUCCAUCAAGGCAGAAUGCCACUUUUGUCCACGCUUUAAUCAUUUACAUGCACUGCAGUUUUGCCGAAAAUCCCCACGUCGCGACACAAUGAACACUCAGGACCAGGCAGACAAUCUUCACUCUUCCUCUAUUGGCCCUAUCCGCAGUCUCAAUGACUUCGACCUUACCAACCAUACAGUCUGGGAGCGGCCUGAAGACCUCAACCAGGACUUAUUGAAUUUGCGGAAGAAACCAGAGGAGCUAUCCCCGUCUGGCUCAGGGACGAACUAUUUGCGGCUAGUCUGCGCCCGAAAGGCGGGUAAGAGUUUUUUGUCAAGGGCCAUCGGCCUCGGGAGGGAUGGGAAAACUUCCUGCGUUGUAUGUUUUUGGGACUUGAAUAGCCAGUCUUGGGCUGGCACAAGAUCCAUUGCCGAAAACAAUCCCGAUGCAAACGCUGAGGGCUUUCCCUACCAAGCAGCACUCAUCCGAAAAAGAGGGCGCACUCUUGAGAACACAGCCCGCAGGCUCGGGCGCACGUGUGGCGUUCCUUGUCUUGUAGCCUACUACAGUCCCUCCGCGCGGGGCUGGACUGGUCUGGCUUAUGUGCCUUGGGACCAACCCACGCCGGACUGGAAUUGCAUUCUUGAAACUAUUUGAAUUUACGACUCAUUUGCGGAAUGAUGGCCAGAAGCUAAGGUUGACCGGCUGCUGCUGUUGAGGGCCCG